UCCUGGGAUUUCCAAUUUUUGAAAGUAGACUUGAUAAAGUUCCUGUUUCUGUAUUAUUUUAAGAUGUUUUAUAGGUUUGGAUAAGUUUAUGAAACUAACAUAUUUUUUAUAAGGACUUAGCAUAAAUUUCGCAAUUGAUAAACAGGCAAAAUACUUUUCGAAUAUUUUAUACCUAUUCCUGAAACAUCAGUAUGGCGGACUCUGAAGAAAUAAAUUUGGAGGAACAAAAUGUAGCUAAGAAGGUUAAACAUUCGAAUGGCGAAAUUAUGGAUAAAAAUCCAUGCAAAGUUACCCUACCACCCAAAGUUAAGCCAGAAAGGUGUACUAUAUGCAGGCAGUUCAUUGAUGAUACCCCUUUAUAUAAUGGACAUCCAAACAAUUCAGUUGAAGAAUAUAUUGCACUUACUGAUGAUCAACUAUCGUUAUUUACUGGAGAAGAAUCGUAUGUUAACGAACAGGAUUGUCGUCCUACUCACAAGGUUACCCACUUCAAUGUCUAUUGUAAAAAUGGUCAUUUGUGCCCCUUUUACUCUGGACUCAUCGAAACUGAUGUACUGCUUUAUUUUUCGGGACAUAUCAAACCGAUUUAUGAAGAUAAUUCUGAUCCUGACGGAGGUAUUCCUGCAUUUGAUAUGGGACCUAUUAAUGAAUGGUGGACUACAGGCUUUGAUGGUGGUGAAAAAGCCCUUGUUGGAUUUUCCACCGAUUAUGCAGAUUAUUAUUUGAUGGAACCUUCAGAAGAAUAUAAGCCUUUUUUGGAGGCUGUAAAUGAAAAGAUACAUUUAUCCAAGAAAAUAAUUGAAUAUCUUCUUGAUGAAGGUUGGCAGAAUCCAACUUAUGAGGACCUGCUAAGAUUUAUACAUUCUCUAGGAAGAUAUCCUCAAGCUGAAGAAUCCUUGUUAGCACAUGCACAAUUCAUUUGUGACCAGGUGGUUGGAUUUGAUUCAUCUGCUGCAACGGACGAUGUGGAAAAGCCCCUUAUAACUGUUCAAUGUAUGAGGUCAUUGGUGAAAAUGGCUGGGGUGGUUUUUUCUGGCAAAAAAAGUAUGAGAAAACGUGGAAAUAAGGCAGUGAAAGUGAAAGCACCUACUUGGAGCAGAGCUGCAACCACAAACUUGGUCAGAGACACCUUUGAAACUUGUUUCACAGAUCAAAUCGCGAAUAAUAAUGGAAAAGAUAUAAAAGGUCCCCGUCGAAAACGUUGCGGGGUGUGUGAAGCUUGUUUGAAUCCAGAGUGUGGAGAAUGCUCUCACUGCAAAGACAUGAAAAAGUUUCAUGGACCUGGUCGAACAAAGCAGGCAUGUAAACGGAGGGUUUGUCCGUAUAUGGCAAUUGAAGAAGCGGAUAAUGAUAGCGACACUGAGAAAGAUAAGGAAGAGGUAGCAAAUAUUGAGGAUAUAGAAAGGAAUGCCUGUUCUACAAAAAUUUUACACAAUGUGGUAUUCCCUAAUGAUCCAAUUCUUUUACACAAGGGAAAAAAGUUCUUCAACUGUGCUUUAGUGGACGAAAUCAAAGUGACUGUUGGAGAUUUUGUUAUGUUAAAUUCGGAGAUUUCAAACAAAUUACCACAAAUUGGAAAAGUAUCUUAUAUGUACGAAAAUGUAUUUCCCAAUAAGAAAAUGUGUCAUGUGCACUUAUUCAGGAGGGGAACGGAUACUAUACUAGGUACAAUUGCAGACCCUAGGGAAUUAUUCGUCAUUGACCAUUGUGAAGAAGUACCUUUAGGAAGUAUAGUACGACUUGCCAAUGUGGAGCACAAGACCAAAGAUCCCAACUGGGCACUGAAUGGAGGCAUUGAAGGUUUACCCACAGUAUUAGAAGACGACGGCACCAACUUUUAUUUCACUUCAAGAUUUGAACAUGAGGGAAGCCGUUUUGUAGAUUUCGUUGAUGAAUUUCAGGACAGAAACAAUUUUAAUAAUUGCAAUUCUUGUAGGCGCAGACUUGCAAGAAAAAAGAGUGCAUCGGUGCAAAAUGAUGGGAAGGAAAUUAAAUGGAUGAAUGAAACGUUUACUGUUGGAACUUGCGUCUUUCUAAAACCAGAAGCAUACAAAUUCAAAGCGAUGUAUAAUAGGCAAAGUAGCAACGAUGGGGGAGGAAUCAAGGUAGAUAGUGAUCUUUACCCAGAAUAUUAUAGAAAAGUAGCAGAAAAUGUAAAAGGUUCUAACGUGGACACACCAGAAACCUUCAUUAUUGCUAGAAUUGAGGAAAUAAAACAUAUGGAAAAAGAAGAUACAAAACUCAGAGUUAGGAUAUUUUACAGACCUCAGCAUGUCAAGUGUUCCGUUAAUUUGAUAUAUGAAAAAGACUUGAACUACGUCUACUGGACGGAAAAAAUAAUCGAGACAUCAUUCGACAACGUCAUGGGUAAAUGUUACAUCUUUUAUGGUGAAAAUUUAUUAGACAGUAGACAAUGGAUUUCGGAAGGACCAUAUCGUUUUUAUUUCGAGGAAUCCUAUGACGUGAACUCUCAAAAAAUUGGUGACGUACCAAGCAUAGCUGUUAAGCUGGGUUUACAAGGAAAAGGGAAAGGAAAAAUGGCAAAAGGAAAAUCGGAAGUGGAGCCUAUCGUAUUACCGCCGGAUUGGCCGAAAGUUACAGUUCCCUUAAAAGCAAUGGACAUCUUUGCAGGGUGUGGUGGGCUUUCUGAAGGCCUUCAUCAAUCUGGAAUUUGUGAAACGAAGUGGGCUGUGGAAAAAGAAGCUGCAGCAGCUGAAGCUUUUAGGCUGAAUAACCCAAAAUGUAAGGUUUUCACCGAAGAUUGUAACGAUUUGCUUCAAAUGGUUAUGAAUGACAAGGAGACGGCUAAAAAAAUUGGCCUUCCCCAAAAGGGCGAGGUUGAAAUGCUAGUCGGAGGACCUCCAUGCCAAGGUUUCUCCGGAAUGAAUAGAUUCAAUGCUGGACAAUACUCCUUAUUCAAAAAUUCCCUCAUUGUGUCUUAUCUCAGUUAUUGUGACUAUUACAGACCGAAAUAUUUCAUAUUGGAAAAUGUACGAAAUUUCGUCUCCUUCAAGAGGAGUGUAGUCUUGAAAUUGACGCUAAGGUGCUUGCUAGCCAUGGGUUAUCAAGUUGCGUUCGGAGUCCUUCAAGCGGGACAUUACGGGGUACCUCAGACCAGAAGAAGACUUAUAAUAAUGGCGGCAGCACCUGGAUAUGUUCUUCCAAAGUACCCGGAACCAACUCACGUUUUCAAUAAGAGAGGUUGUCAUUUAUCAUUUGUCGUUGACGACAAUAAAUUUGAUAAUGGCAUACGUUGGAUCGAAUCGGCACCAUAUCGCACCAUAACCGUUCGCGACUCCUUGUCUGAUCUACCCGAAAUAAGGAACGGCUUCAGUCAGCUAGAAAUUCAGUACGACUCAGAACCCCUAACGCAUUUUCAAAGGCUGAUGCGUGGUACCGACUCCAGUCAAGUCGUUUUCGAUCACAUCUGCAAAGAGAUGUCCCCGUUGGUGGAGGCACGUAUAGCACAAAUUCCAACGUAUCCCGGAGCAGAUUGGAGGGACCUUCCCAAUAUGGUGGUGAGGUUGAACAACGGCACUUUCACGCAGCUAUUAAAAUAUACAUACAGAUCUAAAAAACAGAGUGAGGACGACCCUCCACGUGGUGUUUGCCAAUGUGCCGAAGGCAAAUCGUGUGAUCCAUCCGAUAGACAGGUUAACACUCUAAUUCCUUGGUGCUUGCCGCAUACAGCCGAUAGACAUAACCAUUGGAGUGGUCUGUAUGGAAGGCUGGAAUGGGAAGGAUUUUUCAGCACCACAAUUACAAAUCCUGAGCCAAUGGGGAAACAGGGAAGAGUUUUACAUCCUACACAAAACAGGGUAGUGAGUGUCAGGGAAUGUGCCAGGUCACAAGGGUUUCCCGAUAAGUUUAAAUUUUAUGGCAAUAUUCUAGAUAAACAUCGCCAAAUAGGAAAUGCUGUACCUCCACCUAUGGGUGCUGCUAUUGGUCGGGAAAUAGUGAAAGCAUUAGUAACCAGUAUUAACCAUAGCGUUUUAAAGUGAUAUAGUUGUUGGUUUUAUAUAAUAGUAUGUUUUUUUAUUCUUCAUGUUUUAAUGUUUGUAUUACGUUUUUAUGAAAUUUCAAAAAUAAAUUUUCUAAAUAAAAUAGAA